UCUUCCACAUGUCUUUUCUCUUCCGUAGGAAGCCAGCGGCGACGCAGGCUCUCAGAUCGCCCAUACGAGCACACUCUUUGCCUGCUCAGGUCUUUGAACGGCCUCUUUUCUACCGCAAGCCUCCAUUAUGGGUGAAAUUCAGUUGGGGUCUCAUCGCGGCAGAUGCUAUAGUCACCUCAACCAUGACUGACUUUACGUGGCGAGAAUGGAGGUCGAAGGAAACUUCAUUAGUCGAGGCCGACGCCAAUGCGGCCUCGUCGUCCACCGACACUUCAUCCCCAAAUCCUGAUGGCGAAGGCUGGGUCCUUCGACCAGUUUGGCAGCGUGCAGGGCUUUGUCUCGGCCAUAUAAUUCUCGGGGCCAGCCUUGCUGCCAUCAUCUGGACCGGCCGCACUCGCAUUGUCCAAAGGCUACACCUCUUCCAGUCUCCUACUGGCCAACGCGAGAUCUUCGUACAAUCCGGUGCACACACAGGCAACCAAGGCUUCCUCGUUCCCUUGUCCUCGGCGGAGUUGUCUCCCGGUCGCGAUGCUACGGAGGCUACGCUGAAGGUGAACGGCCUGAGAGGGAAGUUCCUGGUGGAAUGUAACGGUUCAUCGGCGAACGGAGAGGAGCUUUCGGGCGUGCAGGUGCGGGACACGAUUCUGGACGCUUGGGGCAUCAAAAGGUCGGCCCCGUCAACUGCCAAGGAUCCAAGCUGGACUAGCGGCCCAAUAGUUGGUAAACCUUAGGUUUACCUUUGCUGGCCUAUGCCUGUCGUAAUACGACCAAAAAAUACACAUAUCCCUGCUUAUGCCGCUGUGUUGCAUUGUUUGGCUAAGAGUAAAAAUCUAGC